AUGUCCGCCCUCGAGUCGUGGGAAGACGACCCCGCAGCUCAGGAUGAGAACCUGUCGAAGCAGACACAGCAGAGCCUGAACCUGAAUUCACAGCAGCAGCAGCAACAGCAGCAGCCACAGCAACAAGGCUUCCGCCCGUCUGUAGCUUCAUUCCAGCCUGGUGCUGCUACGUUCCAACCCGGUGCUGCGUCAUUUCAGCCUGGUCAGCAAUUCCAACAAUACGGUGGCUACCAGCAACACGCACAAUAUCAGCAACCAACCGGCGGAUAUGGAGGCUACCCACAACAGCAGCAGUACCCCCAAUAUAACCAGCAAUACAUGCAGCAGCCAGGGGCCUAUCAGGGAGGCUACCAAGGUGGACAACACGCAGGAUAUAACCAGGGUUAUAACCAGUACCAUCAACAAGCCCCUCCCCCGCAGCAGCAACAGGAACAGUGGAGGCCACAGUCUAUUGCUGAGCGACCGAAGCCCGCCGCUGCCCAAAAACCAGCCUCUUCCGAACCCUCUAAGCCGGCACCAGCAUCUCAGCCACCCAAAGCUAAAGUGUUAACGAUCGGCGGAGAUAUCCCAAAGUCCAAGGCUCCUGCCGCGAGCGCAACCGCAGCGUCAUCACCAGCGGCACAGAAAUCGACUGGACCUGCAGCCGCAGCAGCUGGCGCUAAGGUGAAUGCUGCUAAAGCUAUCGAAAAGACCGAGAAGAAGGCCGCUGCCAGCGGAAAUGCUUCCCCGACACCAUCAUCCGGACGAUCGUCUCCCAACCGCGCCGACAGCAAACCCGCAGCUCGUGAUGCAGACAUCGUUGCUAAGGAGCAGGCUGCUGACGUCGACGAAGCGACACUUAAGGAGAUUUACGGAGAAAAACGUGAACACAUCAAUCUUGUGUUCAUCGGCCACGUUGAUGCUGGAAAAUCGACACUGGGUGGAAGUAUCCUAUACUGUACUGGUAUGGUUGAUGAGCGAACGAUGGAUAAAUACAAGAAGGAAGCCAAGGACGCUGGACGUGAGACCUGGUACCUUUCGUGGGCUCUUGAUUUAACCAGCGAGGAGCGGUCCAAGGGUAAGACCGUGGAAGUUGGUCGAGCAUUCUUCAAGACCAGCGGCGAUACCCCUGACGGACCCAUGACACGACACUACACCAUAUUAGACGCACCUGGACACAAGUCAUUCGUUCCCAACAUGAUUGGAGGUGCUUCUCAGGCUGAUGUGGGUGUUUUGGUCAUCUCUGCACGAAAGGGUGAAUAUGAAACCGGAUUCGAGCGAGGUGGUCAAACCCGAGAACAUGCGCUGCUAGCAAGGAACUCUGGCGUCAAAAAAUUGAUCGUCGCGGUUAACAAAAUGGACGAUCCAACUGUCGAAUGGAGCAAGGCACGAUACGAUGAAUGUACAACCAAGAUUGGAAAGUAUGUUGAAGCCUUAGGUUACAAGAAGUCCGAUCUCCAUUUCAUGCCCAUCUCUGCGCAAAGGACCAUUGGUAUCGACAAAGCAGUCCCCAAGGACAUUGCACCUUGGUAUGACGGACCUGGAUUGCUUCCAUACCUGCACAACAUGAAAAUGCCAGAGCGAAAGAUCAACGCCCCCUUCAUGAUGCCAAUCAGCGCCAAAUACAAAGAUAUGGGUACCGUUAUCGAAGGAAGAAUCGAAUCGGGUGUACUCAAGAAAGGAUCAACUUGCAUUCUCAUGCCCAACAGACAAGAAAUAACCGUCACUUCCCUCUAUGGUGAGACAGAAGACGAAAUCCCCACAGCCACAUGUGGUGACCAGAUUCGCGCUCGUCUCCGAGGCGUCGAGGAAGAAGAUAUCCUCCCGGGCUUCGUCAUGUGUUCACCCAAACGACCCGUACACUGUGUUUCCGCCUUUGAGGCCAAGAUUCGUAUUCUUGACUUGAAGAGCAUCCUCACUGCAGGUUUCAACUGUGUAAUGCAUGUGCAUUCUGCUAUUGAAGAAGUGACCUUUGCCGCUCUACUCCAUAAACUAGAGAAGGAGACCGGACGAAAGAGCAAGAAACCACCACCGUUUGCCAGCAAGGGCCAAACGAUCAUUGCGCGAUUGGAGAUCAUUAGUGGAAGCAAUGCGGUUUGCGUGGAAAGGUUCGAAGACUAUAAUCAGCUUGGACGUUUUACCCUCCGUGAUCAGGGUCAAACCAUCGCCAUCGGAAUGAUCACCAAACUGAUCACAGAUGCUACACCUGCCGCUGCGUAA